CGUUCAGGCAUUAGAAGUGUAACUUUAAGAUGUUUGGUAUCUUUUAUUUCUCUCCCCUUUAAGAGAGGACAAAGACAGAAGAUUAUCACAUAUGACACCCUGUUUUAUGGCGCCUCAGUCAGAAGAUAUGCAAUCCACUGCUUGUGUAUAAUACAUUUGCUCAGCUGAUGCCUCAAGGCUUGGUAGACAGAACCUCGCAGACUUUCACAAAGCUGUUUGGUGACAAUCAACGGUUUGACAGAGAAGUUUACAUUUAAUCCUAAAGAGGGCAUCGACAACCCAGUGAUGGUCAUCACAGAAGAAUCAGAGUCAGUGUCAAAACCCAACCCGCGUCUGUGUGUUCUCAAACGAGAGGAGGGGGAGACAUAUGCAUUCAAUCUGCGGGUCGAAGGGGGGCGCGAGGGGCACAUCAUCAGAAAUGUGGCGUCAGGAGGGGUAGCAGAGCGCAGUGGCCUCAGAGAUGGAGACAGACUUCUGGAAGUCAAUAACUGCUAUGUAAAUGAUGUUCCCCAUCCUGAGGUGGCAGCGAACAUAAGGAUGAGUGGAAACCAGUUGUGUUUGCUAGUGUUGGACGGGGAUGAGUAUGAACAGGCUUUGUCACAAGGUAAAGACCUCAAAAGUUUGAUCAGGACAAACAAAGGUGAGAGCCUCAACCCCCCGCGACUCUGCCACAUCAGGAAGGAUCCUGUCUCAGGCCUGGGCAUCAACUUCAUACCUGUGGAAGCAGGCGAGAAAGGUUGCUUCUCAGUGAGCCUGGUUGCAGGAGGCACAGCUGCAAAAGCGGGGGUGUGUAAGGGAGAUCGCUUGGUGUGGAUGAACGGAGCAGCAGUGUCUGAUCUGACGCACUCUGCACUCAGCAGGAUGUUGAAGAAGUGUGGCGACCACAUCACCAUCCUUGUGAUUGACAGUGAGAGUGAGAAGAGCUACAUCAAACAGAGAAUGCCAAUCCUGCCCUCCAUGGCUGUUCCUCACAAUCUACCUCACAGAGCCAGAAAACUCCACCUGGUCUGUGGACCUGGGGGCUAUGGGUUCCUGCUUCGGCUGGAGAGGACACCAUCUGGACGCAAAUAUCAUGUUCUCCGUGAGAUGGACAGUGGCAGUUCAGCAGAAAGAGCAGGAAUGAAGGAUGGAGAGAUCCUUCUGGAAGUGAAUGGGGAGUCAGUGGAGUCUCUGGAUCAUGACGAGAUCGUGAACAGAGUGAAACUGAGCGGACAGCAGGUCUCACUCGCCACCAUCACUCCUCAGGGGCUGGACUUCUACUCCAAGUUGGGUCUUUCCCCUCUUCUUUUCUGUGAGGAUGAGUCCGCUGAGAGAGAAAAACAGAACAUGAUAUUGUCCUCUUUAACAGAGGAGUUGCUAAAAAAUGAAAUGGAUGCCACAUGCAAGCCCAGACUUUGCUCUCUUCAAAAAGGCCCUUUGGGGUUUGGCUUUAACCUGGGUUGUGUCCCACAGAGACCUGGAACCUUCAUCAGCCAGAUGGCUUUUGGGGGCUCUGGGCAGAGUGCAGGAUUACGUGUAGGUGAUGUAGUGAUGGAAGUCAAUGGGCAAAAUGUGGAAGAGAAAUGUGUGGAAGAUGUGAUUAUGCUUGUGAAGGAAGGAGGACAUUUUCUUUCCUUGCUAGUAAUGGAUACAACUGGAGACAGCAAAGUGAAGCAGACUGAUAAACCUACCAGAGAUAUCUCUGACAGUGAGGAAGAAGACAAAUAUGAGAUUUCGUUUCUGUGAGUGACAGAUCAAUGAAGAAUGCUUCCAGAAGAGAAGAGGCGAAGCUGAACGAGAGCAAUAUAUUUUAUAUCUAUGAAUAUAAUACAAACGUUUAAAAAACAAACAAACAGGAAAUGUAAAACAAGCCUGUGUUAAAUACUUGAUUGCAGCAAGUCAAUACUCCAGAGCAAUGUCUGUUGUUGUUGAUAGCACACCGUUGCAAUAUGGAUGCAGCUCUAAUAUGGAAAGAAGACAGGAGAGGGAAAUGGCAGGAGAUGUAGGAGAAUUAAACAUUGCAGACUGUAACAGAGAUAUCUACAACAUUUGAGAAGGAAACACAAAAUGAAACUUGGUAUGGAACACGCCGGUGUUUAAGUCUGAUACAUGGAAAAGAAAACUUCACAGACUAACUGUGAUGAGGUGGAAAAACUCAAUCAGGGGAGUCUCUGAUUUAUGCGGUAUUGUUUACCUUGUUUUAUGUCAACAUGAGUGAAAAUGUUUAGCUUGUUUUCAGCUGAACAGCGUACGAUAACUGCUAAGCUAGCUCGUUUUAAGAAAUGUCCAGUUAAAUAUGAGUAACUUCCGCUAAUUGGCUCAUUUUAGGGAGGCUGCAAGGUUAAUGGCUGCUACGGUUGCUGCGACUACAACAGACUGUUUCCAACGGAAGACAGUAACCACUUUAAAAUCAAUACUAUAUCUCAUUUGAAUUAUGGUGUACAAUUAUUUUUGUAUGUUGGUGUAUGAUAUGACAGUGUCAGUGUUUUGGUUCAGUAUUAUUUAUCUAGAGUAUGUAUAUAAUGAUCUUAAAAUAUCACACACUAUGAUUUUCAAGGACAUAAAUGAGAUUAAAAGAAAAAUGUUAUACAUUUCUGUUGACUACGGAGCACUGAGUAAUCUAAAAGAAAGGACGUUAAUUAGAUUAACAAAUGAUCAGCAGUAAUGUAAAGCAAGAGAUGAUGAUAAAAUAAAACAAAAGACACCACAGUGACCUUGUAAUGUUCAAUAAAAAAAAUGCUUAUUGCC